AUGCUGUUCAAAAGCCCAACACGAGGCCCGGCCCGGAACCACCCAGACGCUGACACCGUCGUCGUCGUCGUCCCCACGCAGCCGGUCCGCCUCCCGCUCACGGCGGCACCUCGUAUGCGCCGUCCUCCGCUCCGCCGCCCACCUCCCUCCUCCUCGUACUGCGCGCUCAAGAUCGACCUCAGUCGAUGCCGUAGGAAUUGGGACACAACAAGGUGCGGGCUCAAAAUGAAAGGAGUACUUCAGAUUAAGGGGGCAUCAGGGCGUGAAAAGAAGGCUCCUAAGGAGCUCGAGAGCGUCUUGAACCGAUAUUUCGGAUAUUCAGGAUUUCGAGGAAAACAACUGGGAGCUAUAGAAGCUGUUCUAUCAGGAAGAGAUUGCUUUUGUUUGAUGCCAACUGGUGGUGGAAAGUCGAUGUGCUAUCAGAUUCCAGCUCUGGUGAAGACAGGCAUUGUUCUUGUCAUUUCACCCUUGAUAGCACUGAUGGAGAACCAGGUUGCCAGCUUGAAAAAUAAAGGUAUCCCAGCUGAAUUUCUCUCUUCAACACAGGCAUCUCACACUAAACAAAGGAUACAUGAAGACCUUGAUACUGGUAAUCCUUCUUUAAAGUUGCUAUAUGUCACUCCUGAGCUUGUUGCAACGUCAGGCUUUACAGCAAAGCUAAAGAAGCUCUACAACAGAGGUCUUCUUGGUCUUGUUGCUAUUGAUGAGGCUCACUGUAUUUCGACUUGGGGCCACGAUUUCAGACCUAGUUACCGCAAGCUUUCAUCAUUGAGGAAGCAGUUCCCAGAUAUCCCUUUGUUAGCUUUAACUGCAACUGCUGUCCCGAAGGUCCAGAAAGAUGUGAUAUCAUCACUGUGCUUGCAAAAUCCAGUAAUUCUUAGAGCUUCAUUUAAUCGACCCAAUAUAUUCUAUGAAGUUCGUUACAAGGAUCUUCUUGAUGAUGUUUACUCUGAUAUAUCAAAUUUACUGAAGUCAAGCGGAAAUGUUUGCUCAAUUAUAUAUUGUCUUGAACGGGCAGCUUGUGAUGAUCUAAGCAUGCAUUUGUCACAGCAGGGUGUCUCUUCUGCUGCUUAUCAUGCUGGCCUAAAUAGCAAAGUGCGAAGUUCUAUUCUCGAUGACUGGCUUUCAUCGAGAACUCAAGUCGUUGUUGCAACUGUAGCCUUUGGGUAUUGCUUCUCUUCAGUUCUUUUUACGCCAUUUCAGUCAUUUUGUGGUGGUCUUGCUGACAAGAAAAGCAUCUCUCAGACGCUAAGAGAUGCAUGCCGGAAAAUAUUGUUGGAUGCUCUUGGACAAGCAAAGCUGCGACUUGGGAAUAUUCCGUGCGAAAAUGAGGCUUCUGCUACACACCUUGAAACAGAGUGCUUCAAAAAAUAUGAGAAAGUGGGCAAGACGUUCUACAACUCACAGAUAGCCGCCACAGUUCGGUGGCUGUCAUCCGCAACAUCCAGUCAGAUGCACGACCGCCUCCAUGCUCUUAUCGACCAAACUAAAGAUGAUGGUGCGCCAGGCUCCCCCAACAUUGUCCCAGAGUCACCUCCAGCAUCUCCUGAAAUCGUUGGCGCAAGGCCAGGAGAAACCAGUAACUAUGAAGCUGACGACAAACCGCAGCAUAUUCGUGAGUUGGAAAAGAGGAAUCAUUCCAAUGAGUCUGCAAAGGGUGCUGCGGCAUCGACUGGGAACAUGGAGCUCCCCGCGAUACCAACUGGGAACAUGGCGCUCCCCCCGAUACCAACGUUCAGAGAAUUCUUGAGCCAAAAAGGAAGGGAUCGGGCAAAGAGCUAUUCAAGUUCUAAUGCGGCGAACCAGCCUUCUGGUAUUCGUAGGAAGUCUAGUGGUCAGGUUGAUAAGGAAGAAACCAGCAAGAGGAUGAAAUCGUGA